GGAGCAAUGUAAUCUGUUAAAUGCCAGCGUUGCGUCCUGAUGCCGUCGUGGAAACCGCGCUGCUCGGUGAGGCACUGAGGGACAGCUUUCUUGACAGUCAUAAUUUGCUUUAUUCAGAGCAUCAUCCCAGCCCCAGUUUCUGUUGCUGCCCAAAGCCUAGCGCUUUUCCCCGCGACAAGGCUCCUUUGUACUGCAGUAUUUGGUAGCCUUCUUCUGGGCUCUGAGGGCAAUACGUGACCUGUGUAAAAAUGCUGCGAUAUUGGGGUGAGAUUCCGGUUUCAUCUAAUCAGGCCAACCGCAGCUCCUUUGACCUGCUUCAGCGUGAGUUUCGUACUGUGGAAGUCCAAGAUCCUCCAUUGCAUCAGCCAUCCGCAAACAAACCCCGGCCGACCACCAUGCUGGACAUCCCCUCGGAGCCCUGCAGCCUCACAAUUCACACCAUUCAGCUCAUCCAGCACAACAGGCGGCUGCGCAGCCUGAUCACCAUGGCUCAGGCUCAAAACCAGCAGCAAGCGGAGGGCAUAAAAACUGAAGACAAUGAACCUCUGCCAUCUUGUCCGGCCUCUCCACCUCUCCCUGAUGACCUGUUCCCUCUGGAUAGCAAAACCCCCAAAAUGCCAUUUCAGCUGAGGCACAGUGACCCAGAGAGUGAUUUCUACAGAGGAAAAGGGGAGCCAGUGACUGAGCUGAGUUGGUCCUCCUGCCGGCAGCUUCUCUACCAGUCAAUGGCCACCAUCCUGGCUCACACAGGCUUUGAGUGUGCCAAUGAGAGUGUCCUGGAGACCCUGACGGACAUUGCCCACGAGUACUGCUUGAAGUUCACCAAACUGCUGCGCCUUGCUGUGGAUCGAGAAGCUCGACUUGGGCACACCCCUUUUCCUGAUGUCAUGGAGCAGGUCUUCCACGAAGUGGGCAUUGGCAGUGUGCUCUCGCUGCAGAAGUUCUGGCAGCACCGCAUUAAGGAUUAUCACAGCUACAUGCUUCAGGUUAGCAAGCAGCUCUCUGAAGAAUAUGAGAAGAUUGUCAACCCUGAAAAGGCAGCAGAAGACACAAAGCCUGUGAAGAUUAAGGAGGAACCUGUUAGUGAUAUUACUUUCCCCAUAAGUGAGGAGCUGGAAGGAGAUCUGGCUUCUGGUGACCAGUCUUUGCCUGUUGGAGUCCUUGGAGCUCAAAGCGAGCGCUUCUCUGCCAACUUGGAAGUAGAAGCUUCCCCGCAGACUUCAGGGGCUGAGGUGAAUGCUUCCCCACUCUGGAACUUAGCACAGGUAAAAAUGGAGCCACAGGAAAAUGAGGAGGCUAAUGUACAUGGCCAUGCGGUCCUAGGCAGCGAUGUCUUUGAGGAACCGAUGUCAGGCAUGAGCGAAGCUGGGAUGCCACAGAGCCCCAAUGGCUCUGAGAGCAGCUACGGUUCUCAUUCUGCUGACAGUCUGAUGGGAUCCUCGCCUGUCUUCAACCAGCGCUGCAAGAAAAAGAUGAAGAAGAUGUGAAAAAAGACAGUCUUUUUAUUUAGUUCUGAUGGUAU